AUGCUUUGCCAGGGUGACAUUUGGUCACCAAAUAUUCUAUGGAAAACUGAUGAAUAUGGAGAGUUUCAUGUUGGAGGAUUGGUGGAUUGGCAGGUCACUCAGGUCGGCUCACCGCUCGAGGAUCUUGUCUUUCUCUUUCACAGCACACUUUCUGUUAAAGAAUAUUCAACUAACUUGAACGAUUAUAUUCAAUUCUACUUUGAACAAUUGAAAGCUGAAAGAGAUUCGAUGGAUUUGCCAUGGGAGAGUCUAGAUGAGCUGAUCAAAAGCUACGAGAUUACCUACGCUUACAUGAUUCCGAUCCUCCUUCCGCUUACCGUUUCAAUGGUUGACUUUGAGAAAUCGUGUUCGGCUGAAAUCAUCGAACAAUGCAAGGACACGUGGAAAGCGAAAGUGAUCCUAAUGGCUAAAGAAAGUGUAAGAUGUUUGGAAAAACAUUUACACAAA